CUUUGCUAAGCUUUCUGAAGGGCUAGGGGGCCUCGCCGGCUUUCUGGAGAUUGACUAUUGGCAGCUGCAGGCGCUCCAGGGUUUCUGGGUGGCCUGGUCCUGCCCAUGGAAUGAGGGAGCUCCGGGCCAUAGGCAGGACUCGGGAGCUCCGCCCCCAGCCCUCCCCUGCUGCCUGCUGUGCCUGCUCACCAGCUGAGCCUCUGUGCUGUCCGCAGAAGCAGGAGUGUGGGACGCUGUGAAUGGAUCCAAGCUUCUUCAGCGUGGGGAUGUGGUCCAUCGGCGCGGGGGCCCUGGGGGCUGCUGCCCUGGCACUGCUCCUGGCCAACACAGACAUGUUUCUGUCCAAGCCCCAGCGAGCCAGCCUGGAGUAUCUGGAGGAAAUAGACCUGAAGACACUGGAGAAGGAACCAAGGACUUUCAAAGCAAAGGAGCUCUGGGAGAAGAAAGGCGCUGUGAUCAUGGCUGUGCGGAGGCCAGGCUGCUUCCUCUGUCGAGAGGAGGCCGCGGACCUGUCCUCCCUGAAGCCCAAGUUGGAUGAGCUGGGCGUGCCCCUCUACGCCGUGGUGAAGGAGCAGGUCAAGACUGAGGUGAAGGACUUCCAGCCUUAUUUCAAAGGAGAAAUCUUCCUGGAUGAAAAGAAGAAGUUCUACGGGCCCCAGAGGCGGAAGAUGAUGUUCAUGGGGUUCGUCCGGCUGGGUGUCUGGAGCAACUUCUUCCGGGCCCGGAGCGGAGGCUUCUCUGGAAACCUGGAGGGCGAAGGCUUCAUCCUCGGGGGCGUCUUCGUGGUGGGAUCGGGAAAGCAGGGCAUUCUUCUCGAGCACCGAGAAAAAGAAUUUGGAGAUAAAGUAAACCUAGCCUCUGUUCUGGAAGCUGCUAAGAAGAUCAAACCACAGGCUGCAAAUUUAGCCUCAGAGGAAAAGUGACUGUGGGCUCUGCCCAGCUCAGGGAUAAGAGGGGCUCACCUGUGUGCACAGGAGGCCCGGGUUCCACUCGUGUCACUUAGGCCAUCUCUUUAGACUAGAUCACUCCUUACUUUAACACUGUGCUCUGUUUAGGCUCAGUGAGAGAAAAUAGCCCCCAAAUAAGACUGAUAAAAAUCUAAGAUGUGAGUGAGGGUUAUUUCAGCUAAACCCUGCAAAACAUGAGGCUUAAAGCUGGCUGGAGCGCUGCAUUACAAACGUAUAUGGUGUGUGAGGUGCUGUUAUUGGAAAUUAGUUUACUUUCGUGUCUUUAAAAACCUAGGGGAAUUUGGUGAUUGACUAGAAGAUUGCGGAUUGAAGGCUUUUGGUUGUGUUUUCUACAAUGACUUGUUACAUAAGAUUAAAGUAAUAACAUAAAGGAAUGAUGUGCUCUGGAUGGCUUGAUAAAGGUAGAUCAUAAAAUGAAAUCUGUUUGUUGUCUUCCUUUCUAACCACAGAGGUUUGUUUUUCUGGAAGAAAUGAUCAUCUCUGGCUUUACUAAAAUAGCAGGAAUUGCCUGUGAUACAAGUUUUUCUGAUAAAGCCAACAAUAAAAAAAUUUACCAUAA